GUUUCUGUUCUCGUCGUCUCUAUCUCUUUGUUGUUUCUGUGUUGGAAAAAAAAAGAAGAAACCUAAGCCCCAAUUUGAUUUGGCAAUCACUAUUUUCUAAACGCGAUUUUUGUUUCAUUAAUCACGAUUUGGGAAUUCAAUUACUGAGGGGGAUUUUAAAAGUUUGGAGGGAUAUACGAAGAGAAAUAUAAGUUUGGGUGGGUUAGUAAAGAGCUUAGUAGUUUGGGGGUAAUAAGUAAGGCAUAUGUGUCUAGGGGGGGAAUAGGCAGCCAACCCUAUUUACAUUCUUACCAACAUUCGAUCAACAAUCCAGAUCAUUUUGGAUGGCACAUCAACCCACUAAGGUGUCGUCGUAUCUGAGACCACCAUUAACCGGGUGUUUACUCCAUGCUUAACCAUUUAAAAAAAAUAGAAAAUAGUAAGAAGCAGCGCUUGAACAAGCGUAGUAAGCGUCGGUUACUCCCACUGUUUGCGGACUCACUGACACGGGACGGACCGCGAUUGGUUCAUUUUUAAAUUUUUUCUUUUUUAAUCAGACAAAAACCAAAAAAAAAAAAAAAAUUAAGGACCCAUUCGUGGUGCUAGGGUUAAUUAUGUUCUGAGCCUCGUCAGCUUAUAAAUUGUUUUCAACCACCCCGAGUAAAACCAUGCACUGUGUUACGAGUCAAAUUACACGAACUAGCCGUGUGGCUCAGUUGCAGCUUUGUUCAAGCACGUGGUUACAAAGAUCAUCUAGUGGAACCCAUUUUUGUCUGUGUAUAAAAUAAAACUCUUACCAAAUACAAUGCCAAACACAACUUCAUCUUCCUCAAAACACUUCUCUUAACAAAGAAAGGGAGAAUGGAGAAUAGGACAUGGAGUUUGAGAGUCAUAUUUUUCGUUUUUUUCUUUAUCACUUCCUCUUCUGCAGAGUUCCUCAUUCGACAGGUCACAGAAAGCAAAGACUCCUCUGUUUUGGAAACAGAGUAUAAUCUCAACACGAAUUUGGGACUGACGAGAGUGUUGAGAAACCAGCGACCAUCAAGUAAGAUCGUAACAAUAGGAAGCUUCUCUGUGAUUAGGGAGAGAUCUGAACCCUACGAGUCCUCUGUUUUCGAAGCUUCUGGUUACAAAUGGAGGUUGAUUUUGUACGUGACUGGUAAUAAAAACGAUGGAGGAAACAAUCAUGUAUCACUUUACGUGAGGAUCGAAGAUACAGAAUCUCUUCCCACAGGCUGGGAGGUUGAUGUUGAUCUCAAACUCUUUGUUCACAAUGCCAGACAGCGCCAAUACUUGACUGUCAGUGAUGGAACGGUGAAACGAUACAACCAAGGAUAUAGAGAGUGGGGAUUUGCACAGUUGAUUCCUCUUUCAACAUUCCACAAUUCCAGUCAAGGUUACAUCGUACAAGACACUUGUUCUUUUGGUGCUGAGAUCUUCAUCGUCAAACCGGUCGAACAACAAGAGAGUGUCACAUUUGUAUCAAACCCUCCAAACAACGUUUUCACUUGGAGAUUACUUCGUUUCUCCACCUUGCAAAAUAAGUUCUAUAACUCUCCAAGUUUUCUUGUCGGAGACCGAUACUGGAGAUUAGAGACUAACCCGAGAGGAGUCGGACCAGGAGCACCCCAUCUCCCUUUUAACCUAGAAGCUCAAGGCUUUAGGCCAAACGCAGUCGCCACAACCACCUGGGGAGCGGUUAAUCUGAGAUUGAGGGAUCAGCUAGGCUCCAACCACAGACUAGGAUAUUCUGCAGCUUGGUAUCCGAUUCGACCGGGGUAUAAAGUGGGAUUAAAUAUAAUCUACAUUAGAGAUCUACGAGGUGGAUAUUUGGUGAAUGAUUCCAUAGUCCUUGAAGCCGAGAUGGUUAUGGUUUCUGUUACCAACAUCGUCCCCAUAUGAAAAUCUCUACUUGUUUAGUAUCGAAGCAUGUUAUAUUGUCAAAACGACUAUGUCUUUGUUGAUGCUUGUUAUGUCACUCAUGGUUCU